AUGAAGAGGUUUGUCGAGCUAGAGUCCAUGAUCCAACGGAUUCCUGGGUUGCCAACACCUAUAAAGAAAAGUGUCGCUAAUAGCUUUGCAGAUUCGCCAUUCGUGGAUGCUAUAGCCUUGGUCGAGAUGCCCAGGAAAUUCAGCUUUCCUAUAAUGAAGAUGUACGACGGUACCACUGAUCCAGACGACCAUGUGGCUCAGUACAAGCAACGCAUGUUGGUUACUGCUAUACCUCGAAACUUACGUGAGGCUUGCAUGUGCAAAGGUUUUGGAUCAAGCUUGGUGGGACCUGCACUUCAAUGGUAUAUAAAUAUACCCAACAACACCAUAUCCUCCUUUGCUCUAUUGACAGAUAGUUUUAUUGAGCAAUUCGCCAGUAGUCGCACGCUAGAGAAACAGUCAGAUGACCUCUAUCGGGUUAUACAGCGAAAAGGAGAGUCUUUACGCGAAUUCGUGGGCAGAUUCAAUAAAGAGAAGGUGGCCAUUCCAAAUUGCAAUGAGGCAACUGCUACGUCCGCUUUUCGUAGAGGCUUGAGUCCUGGAUCAAACCUUUACAAGGAAUUGACGAAAUACCCAUGCAAAACCAUGGAUGAUGUACUUGCAAAAGCAUGGGCACAAAUUCGCUAUGAAGAAGAUGAUAAUCGUGUUCACUUACCCCCUCGCUACGAGCAGAGGGACUCUAAAAGAACCGCAAGGACCGAAAGGAGAACCAGCGAAAGCAGAAUAGAUCCUUACCCACUUCCAAGCAAGUAUUCAUCCAGGAGAGACAACCAAAGAUCUAUGGAUCGCUCAAGCCAACGAAUGGGAGAAAAGCUUAAACUUCCUGAGUACACCUUAUCUGUACCUCCUCAAGAGGUAGUCUCAGUAAUGAAAGGAAUGGGAAGCACAGUGCGUUGGCCAGAAAAGAUGAAGGCUCCAGCAGAUAAGCGGGAUAGGAGUAAGUGGUGUGAAUUCCACUCUGACCAUGGGCAUCUCACUGAUGAAUGCAUAGCACUCCGACUAGAGGUCAACGAAUUGUUGAAGCGUGGACACCUGACUAAUUAUCUAUCAGAAAAAGGAAGAUUGACAAUAGAAGGAAAAAAGAAUCGGGAGCCAAGGUCUCAGAAGAGCCCUACCCCCGAUAGACCACCAACCAAAAAGGUGGUGAAUUGCAUUACAGGAGGAUAUGAGGUAAGUGGUAUAACAUAUUCUGCUGCAAAAAGACAUGCACGUUCGACGACAAGUGGGGAAGUUUUACACUCUACCAACACAAAUAUUGACCCAAACUUGGUGAUAAGCUUUACCAGCACAGAAGCUACAGAUCUGUUGAACCCCCAUCAUGAUGCUUUAGUUAUCUCAAUUAAUGUCGCCAAUUGCCUUGUCAAAAGGGUGCUAAUCGACAAUGGAAGUUCCACAAAUAUCCUCUUCCUGAAUGCAUUGCAAGAGAUGGGUAUUGAUGAGUCAAAUAUUACCAGGUGUUCCACAAUGAUUUUUGGAUUCAGUGGAGAGCACAAGAGUUCGAUUGGGGAGAUUGAUCUUCUAGUCUACGCUGAAGGGGUGAACAUUUGUGUCAAGUUCCUCGUACUCGAAUGUCCUUCUGCUUAUAAUAUUAUUCUGGGAAGACUAUGGUGUUAUCCAAAAAAUCAUAAGUGA